CUUAUUUCUUGUUUAAGUCCCAAAGAAGAGAGUUUGAUUUUGCCUAGUAGUAGAUUAGUACUAGUAAAUAGUAUUAAAAUGGCAAUGACUAAGCUUAUUUAUGUCCUGCUUCUUGCUAUUUUUGUCAUUUCCAUGGCAGCAACACAGGUCAUCGCCAAAGAUGGCCAGUACCACAUUGACAGUGGCAAUUACGGGCAGGGCAGUCUGAAGAGCUACCAAUGCUCAGGACAAUGCACUCGGAGGUGUAGCAAGACACAGUACCACAAACCGUGCAUGUUCUUCUGCCAGAAAUGUUGUGCAAAGUGUCUGUGUGUUCCUCCUGGUUUUUAUGGUAAUAAAAGUGUUUGCCCUUGCUACAACAACUGGAAGACCAAGCAAGGAGGACCCAAAUGCCCUUAGAUCACUUUCUUUAUUUCAUGACCAUACAAAUUGGAAUAUCCAUUGGGUUUUAUUGUAAACUUGAUGGGCAAUUAUAUGGUUCUAUUUAUGUAUUUUCUUGAUCGAAACAGCACAAAUUGUCUGAAGUUAAUGAUCAUAGUAUGUUUCGAUUA